AUGUACAAACCGGCGAUACAAAGUAGGUCCACAACAACGGCGGUGAGGAUCUAUGUUGACCAUAGCAGAGGGAUAAGCAACCCUGCACCAGUCUUCCACCCCGAGUUUGGGCGCUUCAUGCUUGAAGCAACCCCCGGGAAACCUUGGGGCAUUGGCUUCAAGGAUUUGUUGGAUGUGGAGCCCAACAUGAAGUGGAGACGGAAGAUUGCCAAGGAGCACAUGGAGGCAACUGAGUUCCCAAUUACCUUGACAACAUUCCCUCGACUUGGUAACAAAGACUGCCUCAUACCGGACUAUCCACCAUCAGGACCAAAGCUACGAUCUCAGUUCGUGCCGGAUGAGAUCGCAAACCCCCACAUUCGGUUCCCAACACUAGCAGCGAAUAUUCGCUGGCGAAGAGGCAGGAAGGUGCAAGUCAACGUGCCUGUGUUCAGAGACGAGAACACUCCGUGGCCGUGGAAAGACCCCACCGUCGACUACGAUCUGCACAACUGGCCUGAGGACGAUGAUGUCCGCAACGGAGCUGCUCCAGACAAUUUCAUUCACAUGGAUGCCAUGGCUUUUGGUAUGGGCAGCUGCUGUCUGCAAAUUACUUUCCAAGCCAAGAACAUCGAGGAGGGGCGGACAAUGUAUGACCAGCUCAGCCCACUGGGGCCUAUCUUACUUGCACUGACUGCAGCUACACCCAUCUACAAGGGAUUCUUGGCAGAUACUGAUGUACGCUGGAACCAGAUCAGUCGGGCCGUUGACGAUCGUACGCCUGAGGAGCUAGGAGAGAAGGCAAGUCCUCUCAAGAACGAUCGCUGGCGACUACCCAAGUCUCGUUAUGCUUCCAACUCAACCUACAUUUCUCAAGAUCCGCGGUUACGGAAGGAAUAUCUGGAUCCUGAUCUCAUCAUCGACGAAGAUCUCAAGAAGCGUCUGAUCGAGGGUGGCAUGGAUGACGCUCUAGCAACCCACUUCGCUCACCUCUUCAUCCGCGAUCCUAUUGUCAUCUUCAAUGAAGAUCUCAAGGAACUCGACCUCAACAAGGCCGACCAUUUCGAGAAUCUUCAGUCCACCAACUGGCAACACAUGCGCUUCAAGCCACCACCAGUGGGCUCUGAAAUCGGCUGGCGUGUCGAGUUCCGACCAAUGGAGAUCCAGAUCACCGAUUUUGAAAACGCGGCCUUCUCCAUCUUUAUCGUCCUCAUCACCCGCGCGAUCCUCUCCUUCAACCUCAACUUCUACAUUCCAAUCACACGCGUUUCAGAGAAUAUGGAGACAGCACACAUCCGCGACGCUGUCUCGAGCCAGAAGUUCUGGUUCAGGAAAUCCCCCUUCCCAUCUCAACCCUCCGGCCGCACAAACGGAACGGGCACGUCGACACCCGCCAAUAUGCCCAGCCGCCCGCCUACACCCGGUCCUGUUGAGGACGAGUAUGAUCAGAUGAGCGUCAACGAGAUCAUCAACGGACAGCAAACAGAUGGCGGUUUUCCUGGUCUUAUUCCACUUGUCGAGUCGUACCUCAACAGCAUGAACGUCGAUGUCGAGACAAGAUGUGACUUGGCGACGUACCUCGAUCUCAUCAGGAAGAGGGCAAAUGGCACGUACUGGACAGCAGCGAAAUGGAUCAGGAACUUCGUACAGACGCACCCGGAGUACAAGAAAGACAGUGUGGUCAGUGACGAGAUUACGUACGACCUUGUCAAGGCGGCAGAGCAGAUCACGAAAGAGGAGGCGCGUGAUGGACUGGGCAAGGAGAUGUUGGGCUUACGAUGGUAG